UGGAAAAGGACUGGCAGUAGAAGCCUGUGAUUUUAGUAAUAGAUUCUACAGAUUGAACCUUUGCAAUAUCUUUUCUUGCUCCAUGAACGUGACAUUAAAAACAGCUCAAACAUAAUUUGGUGCAGCUAUGGCAGGAACAGGUUACCAUGGUUGUCACUACAAGCCUGAAAUGGCAGAGCUUUGUUCAGGAGUGGAAGAAUUGAAGUUUCCUGUGUGGGUCACCGCAAUACUUAUUUCUCAUGUUGCAGUUGCCCUGUUUCAGUGAGAUGGUAAUGGUUGCUUUGUCACCCUGCGGAGUCACGUAUGGAGAAUAGGAGAGAGGCACCACCUGUUCUACUGUUACAUUUCAGCUUCCUCCUGUGGAGUUAAGGAAUGAUUCCAAAGUGCUAUGAGGAAAUCUCAACUGACCCUCUGGGAAAUCCAGGUCCAGGCUUUGUGUCAGAUGGGACUUCUAAAUUCCAAGUAAAACACAGUAAAAAAGAGCAACACUUAAAAGCAUGUGACAGGGGUGAAGAGGAGCACGUCUCUCUGAAUGUGAGACAUGGAACUGCCAAUAAACAGAGAAGUCAAAGAGCAGAGGGGAACAGAGACACCAAGAACAAAGGUUCUCCUGUUUUAUCUACUACCUGCUGGAUUAUUGCAGUGAUUCUAGGGAUCCUCUUCUUUGCAUUGCUGGGAAUAACAGGGUAUUUUAUUACCAAGGGCUGUCCAUGUCCAUGCUGCCCUGAGCAGUGGGUGACCUACAGAGGCAAGUGUUACUCCUUCUCCAAGGAGAAGAAAGACUGGAAUUCCAGCCAGGAAUCCUGUGGGGCACAGGGAGCUCGUCUCCUGGUGAUCAACAUUACCCGUGAAAUGGACUUCUUGGAGAAACUACACACCAGAUUCUACUGGAUUGGUUUGCACAGGGACGCUGAUAGGGCCUGGGCCUGGGAAGAUGGCUCAAAACUGAGUGCCGAAAAAGUCAUGUCCAACAGCCCUGCACAGCGCUGCGCUGGUCUGCUGAGUGGUGCCAUCCAUGCUUCCAGCUGUGAGGUCCUUGCCCCGUGGAUCUGUGAGAAAUCUGCUCAGUGACCUCUGUGGACGUUGUCUGAGGAAGUGCUCUUUGGAGAGCUGUGCUAAGGCCUCAUUCCUGUGAUGGUUCUCUGAGAGGAGCUGUGCUCCUUGCUCCUGUGCCACCUGCCACACUGCAAGGAAUGAAUGCAGCUGCCACAGGAGGUCUGGGUGCUGCUCCUGGCUCCAUUCAGGAUCACUCUGGUGAUGUUCACGUUCACAGCCCUCACCUAGUGACAGACAGUCUUCAAAGUGGUAGAGAAGGGGAGGGGAGAGAUUUCUUUGAGUCUCUCAGUCAUUUUCAGAGGUACUUGAGCACUGUCACUGCUGUUUUGAAAUGCUAGGGAGAGGUGAGUUUGUAAUCUGUGAGCUCAUGCCAGCUCCGAGUUUGUUUCCCUCUUUUGUGUCACUGGUGACAUUUGCCAAAGCUGAAAACUAGCCUGAAGUGUGAAGUUAGCCUCUUUUUGCAAGAGAUCAGAAGAUGUCCACAGGACCUUUCUAACAUAAAUUCUUCUGUGGCUUAUGUUUGUACCUGGAGAAAACUGGAGCACAGCUUCUAGUGCUACAUUGCUGUGUAAAUAGCUGCAAAGGAGUGAACCUGCUACCCUGCUGAGCUGAAAAUAAACG